UUUAAUGACUGAUUGAAAUGGAAAUUGGAUUGAAAACGGAUUGAAAUUAGGAUGACAUCCAUGUCAUGUCUGUGCCUUCUGUCUGGAGGGAACCUCCCAAAGUUGCGAUUUGAAAUAGCAAACUUAACUGCAAACGGCAUUUUAAAAACUAGAAAGUUCGUGUAAAGCUGGUGGCAGCUAAUCUAGCCUACAAUAAUUUUGGAGUGCUCAUGGGCAGCCUCGCUCUGUUACUCUGUGACGACUGGUUUGGACUUGCAGUCCCGUACAAAAUUCCAUCAUGAUCGAUUGCUCUGGACUGAAAAUCUGGAGACACAUGUGGGGCUAAUCUAAACACACACCGGUAGACACAAACCAUUCUACAUGCUUUAACAUGGAAAUUGAUGUGCAGUCGAAGUUACCAUCUGACCAUGUGGAUAUUAUCGGGGUACAAUCUCAGGGGUCCAAACAGGCAGAUCUGUUCACCAAGACCUUCCUGAAGAGAACCCUGCCCCAGAACAAGAAUGACCAGGAGUUCUUGAUCCACAAGGCAGUUGUGCUUGAGCACCAUAAAGCGAAAAAGGCCAAGGAGAAGAGGAAGAAGGCUAAGGGCCUCAACGCGAAGGAAAGGAGAGCAAUGAAGGUCUUUCAAAUCAAACCAGAGCACCAGAAAUACAGCCUCUUUCUACCACUACAUGAGUUAUGGAAGCAGUACAUCCGAGAUCUGUGCAAUGGACUAACAUCAGCAAGCAAUCCACAAAUGAUUCAGCAGAAGUUUUUGAAGGCUGAUCUCCACGGUGCCGUAUUAACAGUUGUGCGAUCUAAAUGCCCCUCAUACGUGGGUGCUACAGGCAUCCUUGUUCAGGAGAUGAAGCAUGUAUUUAAAAUCAUCACAAAAGAAGAUAAACUAAAAGUGAUUCCCAAGAGGAACAGUGUUUUCGGCGUGGAAAUUGACGGCUUCAUCUCUCAUAUCUACGGCAGCAAAUUUGAGAUGCGCUCCAGCGAACGCUCAGCAAAGAAGUUUAAAGCUAAAGGGACUAUUGACUUAUGAUGAAGAGGAGCUAACCACAAGCACACCUCCCUGUUUUGAAUGAGGAUUUGCUUGUCAUUGCCCAUGGAUGGAUUUCCUCACAUGAAAAGCUUAGAGCGGUCAUUGCUUUAUUGGGGGAAAAUGGAAGGAAUCUCGUUUUGUGGAUGU